GAAGGAACUCGAACUUGCACUCACGUUUCUGAACUGAAACAUUAUUUGAAUCUACCUACGGAUCUUUUCUUGCUUUCCCCAUUUACAUUCCAAAUAUUAUUAUUCUUUUCUUCAAUUCCUGAGUAUAGCAUACCUUUUCUCUUAACACUAUUCUUUAGUGCCCCAAACCUCAUUUACCCAUUCUUCACGUUCCUCUCUCUUCCACAGAUUGCAUAAAUGAUAAAUCCAUUGUCAAAAGGAUGGCAAAAUUACCAUUGUAAGAUGCAUUCAAAGAAACUCUAUCAUGGGGGUUAGGCAAGCAAUGCCCUUCUGUUCAUGGUGUCAGAAACAUCUUAAAUUUUAAACAUUUGAGCAUUCCAGAUAUCCAGAUUGGUCCUUAUUUUCUUUUGAAACCUCAACGUUCCUAAUGCCAUAACACCCAAUAACAUAGUACAAUGCAAUGUAAACAUGAGUGUUUGUGUUCCUAUCAGUCAAUCUUCUAUAAAUGUUGUUGUCCUGAGAGGUCGUAGUCAGCUGCUGAUGAGCAGCAACAACUGUGGUCUUUGGUCCCGAGGAAUAUCCACUUCAUUUUCUUCUGGUUUGUAUUCUGGGAAGUCAGAGAUAAAUCAUGUUGGUCUCUCUAUUUGCACCAAACUGUCUUCUUCCACUACAAUGGGCCAAACAAUCAAAGGAGGUUUCCUUGGAUCAUGCUGCUCCAAGCAAAGGGGAAAUACUCGAUUCUUUAGUUCUCUAGUACCUCGAAAGAGGUAUCAUGAAAUUUCAUUGGCAUGCCAAAAUUUGAAUUUGAGGCUUUUGGUACCUAAACAAAAAUUGCUUUACAAAGUUAAGUGUAAUUUGGGACCAAUAAGUUGGCCACGAGGGUGUGCAUCUGUUGGCUUGCUAUUCGGAUUACUUGUGUGUAAUUUAAGUUCUGAACCUGCUCAUGCUGAGGCAAAUUCUGAAAAUGAGAAUCCAAAAGAUGACUCCAACGAGUAUCAGUGUAAUGUUAAAUUCUCUCAUGGGAAGAAAGUUUAUACUGACUAUUCUGUAAUUGGAAUACCAGGAGAUGGAAGAUGCUUGUUCCGUUCUGUUGCUCAUGGGGCCUGUUUGAGGUCUGGAAAAACCCCUCCUAGUGAAAGAAUUCAGAGAGAGCUGGCAGAUGAUUUAAGGGCCAAAGUUGCUGAUGAGUUUAUCAAAAGAAGGGAAGAGACUGAAUGGUUCAUAGAAGGUGAUUUUGAUACAUAUAUUUCACAAAUAAGGAAGCCUCAUGUGUGGGGAGGUGAACCCGAGUUGUUCAUUGCUUCACAUGUUUUGCAGGUGCCUAUCACUGUAUACAUGUAUGAUCAGGAUGCCGGUGGCUUGAUACCAAUUGCGGAAUAUGGCCAAGAAUACGGCAAGGAAAACCCAGUUAGAGUUCUCUACCAUGGGUUUGGUCACUAUGAUGCAUUAGAGAUUCCUAAAAAGAAGGGUCUUAAGCCACGACUGUAGCAUCUCAUAUUUAAAAUUUGGAAGAGAUUAAAACCUAUAUUGAUUUCCUUUAGUAACAUCUGUAAUCUCAUCUAUAGGUCCAGUUGCAGGUGCCCAAAUUGCAACUUUAUGUCUUUCAGGUCUAGGAGAAAAUAUGGUCUAAUUUCAAGGCCCCAUGAACAAUUAUUCUCACUUUAUUUCUGUGCCAUGCACAUGGCUCUUUAUGUUGUAUUUUUUAUUGGUCUGAAGAAUAAAGAGAGCCUUUAACUUCUGGUGGACCUUAAGGUUCAAACUAUCCACGAACUCCUGUAAGCCUUUUCCAUGAAAGGUAGAAAUAGUGGUCU